AUGGCUCGCAAGAUCCUGUGUGUGGCUGAGAAGCCUGCCAUUGCUCGCGCAGUGGCCACUCACCUGUCCGGCGGUUCUUUUCAGACACAUGCAAUCCGUGGGAAUCAGUAUGUGAAGAACUAUGAAUUUGAUUUCAAUUUCGGUGGUGCCUGGGGCAAUUGCUCGGUCACCAUGACCAGCGUAGUGGGCCAUCUCACUGGCCUGGACUUUGACCGCCAGUACAGAGGAUGGAUGUCCUGUCCGCCGGGAAUGCUCUUCGAGGCCCCUGUGCAGGAAACAGUUGACCAGGACAAGCUACCAAUCGCCGAUAAUAUUCGGAACCAAGCAAAAUACGCCAAAGCUUUGUUUAUCUGGACUGAUUGUGAUCGUGAAGGCGAGCACAUUGGUUCCGAGGUCCGCAAUCAGGCAAAAGCAGGGAAUGCGCGAAUCGAAGUCAAGCGAGCUAAGUUCAGUAACACGGAAAGCGCACAUGUCCGUCGGGCUGCUUUGGAACCAGUGAACCUCGACGAGUAUCAGGCCAAUGCUGUAGCUGCAAGAAUCGAGCUGGAUCUUCGGAUCGGUGCUGCAUUCACUCGCCUUCAGACCCUACAGCUACAAACAGUGGUGGCAGCCUUGAAAGAGAAAGUCAUCAGCUAUGGAUCCUGCCAAUUCCCCACCUUGGGAUUUGUUGUUGACCGAUACUUGAGAGUCAAGAAUUUCAAACCAGAAACAUUUUGGGGCAUCAAGGUUAUAUUGAACCGUGAGGGCAAGAAAGUCAACUUUCUUUGGAGACGGGUACAUCUCUUCGAUCGAGCAGUUGUGACGAUGAUGUUAGAGCGAUGUUUGACUGCAAAACAAGCCAAAGUCACAAAAGUGAAUCAGAAGCCUACAAGCAAAUGGCGGCCGCUGCCUUUGACCACGGUAGAUUUACAGAUGAUGGGCAGUCGAUUCCUUCGUUUGGACAGUCAGACCAUCAUGAAAGUAGCAGAAGGACUCUAUACCAAAGGAUUCAUCAGUUAUCCUAGAACAGAGACAGAUCAGUUUGACAAAGCAAUCGACCUCAAGAAACUGAUCGAAAAACAAUAUCCCGACAAUGCAUGGGGUCAAUACGCCCGAGAACUCAUUGACGGUAAAUUCCGGACUCCUCGAUCCGGCCGCCACAACGACAAGGCCCAUCCACCCAUUCAUCCAGUCAGCUGGGUUUCACCUAAUCAAUUGAAUUCCAAUGAAAAAAAAGUCUACGAAUUCGUUGUCCGCCGAUUCCUCGCCUGCUGUUCUGAAGAUGCGAAGGGCAAGAGUACAGAGAUUGAGAUCCAAUAUGGCGAGGAGUUCUUCCACGCCAAUGGUCUCAUCGUGCUGGAGAGAAACUAUUUGGAUGUAUACGUCUACGACAAGUGGGAAAGCAGCCAGCAACUUCCAAACUUCGAACUAGGGGAGUCAUUCGAGCCCACAGAGGCUAAUAUCUUUGAAGGCAAGACAACCGCUCCAAACUAUCUGACCGAGCCCGAGCUGAUCGGUCUGAUGGACGCCAACGGGAUUGGUACGGAUGCCACAAUGGCAGAACAUAUUGCCAAGAUCAAAGAACGUGAAUACGUCGCCACAAACCAACGGGGCAGUGGCCGCACCUCGGUGCAAGAACUCAUCCCGACUCGCUUGGGCGUUGCCCUUGUGGAGGGAUAUGACAACGUCGUUACCGGUCUACCUAAUAGUGUGUCCCUCAGCAAGCCGUUCCUCCGCAAAGAAAUGGAAUUGCGAAUGCUUGAGAUCUGCUCGGGCACGAAGACACGACAGGAGGUCGUUCAGCAGAGUCUGGAUAUGUACCGAGAAGUCUUCAUUCAUACACAAAGACGCAUCAAUAUGCUGAAAGAUGCCUGUCGCAAAUAUCUAGUUGAAAGCGCCACGUCAUGA